CAGGUACGAGUAUCUAUUCUUGCUGCAGAACUUGAAGCUGAUUGCUUUUGGAUGCGAKUUCCUAMGGAACACAAAGCAACGAUUUCGACUCACUCCYGGGCUCUAAGAUGAAUAUAAGAAGGAAACAAAUACUUUUGUUGGGCAUAUUGAUUGCUCUUUCUYGGUUYGGACCUACGGAAGGUAAGCAACGAAACUGGAAAAGAGCAAGCACGUCCUGUUUGCUUUUAGGGAGGGCAGGCGAAAAGAAUACCUACAURCCAUUGAACAACCAACUUAUUCUAUGAACCAUUUUGUUUUCGUUACGCAUGUAUUUCAGGUACGAGGCUAAAGAAUKUUCGCAGGUCUAUAGAAAACGGAGACGAGGAGGAAUCCGGAAGAAGGGUCCAAAGAAGGCGGUUGACACUGGCAGACGACGUUUUCACUACGACCAGCAGAGAGCUUGAGGUCGUUGGUUAUCAUCGGGCUGUCGGUGAAGCCAUUGCAAAAGUUUUUGGCAAAGUUGCUUGGRGUUUYGGCUUGCUGUUUAAUUUCACAAAAACGCAAUGGAGACGCGCCAUUAAUGCUGCCCUCGGAUGGUUUAUUGGUGUUCUGCAGCUUGUGCAAACGAAAAACGAAGCUGCGAUUCUCGAAGAAGAAUCAUCCCCGCCACCAACAAUUUCCCAGAUUUACGAUUCGCUUUCAACGGCCAUGACAAGCUCACCAGAAGGUGGCUCGGAUGCGAAAGAACAACCAGCAGAACCUACUCCCAGCAGGCAACAAUCACCAACCAACAACAAACCGAAGCCCGCCACGAAAUCGGCCCCACUCCGUAGCACCAAUGCAUCCGCAAAAGUUACGUCCACAAGGGGUGGACCGAACCGCAACAAACCUCCGGUCCGAAUGGAAGCCACGGGCGGGUCCUCGUUCGAGGCCAUGAAUGCUGCUGCAAUUGCGGAGGAAGAGAAUGCCGUGGUGCCAGCGACGUCGAUGCUCGCCGGUCUCUUGCCGACACUCGUGGCGGGACUCGUCUUUACGACCGCCGGGAGCAUGGUMGGGUACGUAUGGAACAGCGAAUGGACGGAAACGGCAUCGAGYGUCUUUAGCUACUUUUGGGGUGACGAGACCGACGAAGCGUCGUCCCCGUACGGUUCCAAUACGAAUAGCGCUACCGCGGAGGAGUACCUUGGUGAUCAAUUCUACAAUGCCGCUCCCGUGACUCCAGACCGCUAGGCGCGGACGGAACGAAUACCACGGCGAUGCCACACACGACAAGACGAGGCAAAAAWCGACAACAACAACAACGACACAGAGYCAUUCGRACAUGUA